AUGAUAUGUAUUGAAUGUACAACCCCUGUUACGUCGCUCUAUGUCGUUUAUGCUAAUAAUCACAUUCAAUUGACGGAAUGUCCCAACUGUCAUAAGUACGUGGAUAAAUAUGUGGAAAUGGACCAUGUCAUACUAUUCAUAGAUCUUUUAUUGCUGAAAUCAGGGGCUUACAGACAUCUAGUGUACAAUUCUUUAGAGAAUGAAUUGUCUAAGUACAAAGAAUGGGACAUCAAGAAAGGGAGACCAUUAGAAAUGGCUAAAUCUAUAUGUGAGAAUCUGAAAAACUGGUUUUUAAAGUUCGAUCGCCUAAACAGAAUAUGGGUAUUACUGAUAGCCUUUGAGAUAUACUUGACGUGGGUUACCGAGGAACGAAAAUACAGUCUUUUUUUAAAUGGGGACACUUUCAACAGCAGAUUUGCUUUGAAGGACCUUAUGAUGAAUAAGGUGUUCUCAUGGAAUCCAUUAUAUCAGUAUCUCUAUUUUGCGGUGCGAUGUAUGAUUGACAUAAGCAUUUUCCAUGGUCUGACCAGUUAUUUGCUUCUGCACUGGUUGAAAUGGGGCAAAGAUGUGAAAUAUGCAAAAGAUGUUUUAUCUUAUGCCAUACUUCUAUCCUAUGGAGCAAAAAUUUUCCCAAUACUGAUGCUGAUAUGGCCGUAUGACAACGUCGUCUCAAUGAAUAUUAUUAAAUGGAUUGCCAAUUUAUAUAUAGUUGAGUCCUUGCAAAUUGUCACCAAUUUACCCUAUUCAUCAAUUUUUGAAGUGCUUUUUGUAGUGUCGAUUGCAAAGUGGUUUUUGGUGAAGUCCUUGCUGAUGUUUUUUAUUGCUGAAGGAUGCAUAGGACAGACUUUGAUCUACUUGAAUUCAGAAAUUCAAUUCAGCUUUCAAAAGUUCGCAAUUAUGGAAAACUUUUUUCUCUUAUAA